CUAGAAACAAACAAAAUGAUUGGAAGACUGUCGUUUUGGAACAAAGACAAUACCAGCAAUGAGGUGGACUGCUUGGGCUGCCGCCUGGUUAGCGGUUUCGGGCUGAUCGGCAUUGGUGUGUUUCUGUUGGCCCAGGCAAAGCGGCGCAGCAAGCCUCUCGAGAACUACACAAUGAAAGGGUUGGCAGCCGCUGUUGGAGCUCUGGGCGUGGCUCGGUUGGGAAAUGCAGGAUUACUGAAGCCAGCCGCCAAGGAGAAACCGGAGGAGGGGACGACGCCCACAAAGACUAUAACAAAGGAUCAUGGAUUCUUUUUUCGACGCUAGACAGGCGGUUGUAAUUGCUAGCUGACUCAUUAAAUUUACAAUUAGUUAUGUACUGUU